GGGUGGGCGGGGACGGAAGACGACUCCCGGGAGCUGUGUUUUCCCCGGAAGCGCCUUCCCUCCUCCCGGGUCCGCGCGGACGCGGUUUCCUUACCUCAUUUGUCGUCGCCCCUCCCCGUCCCUCUACGCGUUUUGGUUCCUGGUUGGUGCUUCCUGGUCGCAGCCGCGGCAGUGACGUCAAGGUUGCUGACUUUCCAUGAUGUUUGGUGGUUAUGAGACCAUAGAAGCAUAUGAAGAUGACCUUUAUCGUGAAGAGUCAUCUAGUGAACUGAGUGUUGAUAGUGAGGUGGAAUUUCAGCUCUACAGCCAAGUUCAUUAUGCCCAAGAUCUUGAUAAUAUCAUUAGAGAGGAAGAACAUGAAGAGAAGAACUCUGGGAAUUCUGAAUCAUCCAGUAGUAAACCAAAUCAGAAGAACUUAAUUGUCCUUUCAGAUAGUGAGGUCAUCCAGCUGUCAGAUGGGUCAGAGGUCAUCACUUUAUCUGAUGAAGAUAGUAUUUACAGAUGCAAAAGAAAGAAUUUUAGAGCCCAAGCAAAAGAAAAGACUCGAGGUCCUCCUGCAUCUCUUCAUUCUAAUAAAUUGACUGAUAAGAAAUGCAAGAGGAAUAUUGAGGCGCCUAAACCUGAAGAGAUCCCGGGUACAAUCCGAGAGGUCAUGAUUAUAGAGGUCAGUUCAAGUGAAGAGGAAGAGAGCACCAUUUCAGAAAGUGAUAACCUGGAAAACUGGAUGCUGCUGGGAUGUGAAGUUGAUGAUAAAGAUGAUGAUAUCCUUCUCAAUCUUGUAGGAUGUGAAAACUCUGUAAAUGAAGGAGAAGAUGGUGUAAAUUGGUUCAUCAGUGACAAAGACGCAGAGGCCCAGAUAGUUAAUAAUAGAUCAUCUGGAAGAUGGACUCACCGAUACUAUUCAGCCAACAAAAAUGUUACCUGUAGAAAUUGUGACAAAUGUGGCCAUUUAUCGAAAAACUGCCCCUUUCCACAAAAAGUCCGCCCCUGCUGUCUCUGUUCUGAGAGAGGACACCUUCAGUAUGCCUGCCCAGCCCGCUUUUGCUUAGGCUGUUGUUUGCCUAUGUCUUCUACUCACAGAUGUCUUGAAAGGCCUUCCUGGAGAAAACGAUGUGACCGAUGUGAUAUGAUAGGCCACUAUGCUGAUGCUUGCCCAGAAAUCUGGAGGCAGUAUCACCUAACGACCAAACCUGGACCACCCAAAAAGCCGAAGACCCCUUCUGGACAAUCAGCCUUAGUGUAUUGCUACAACUGUGGGCAAGAAGGCCAUUAUGGACACGAAUGUACAGAAAGACGAAUGUUUAACCAGACCUUUCCAACAUCUCCAUUCAUCUACUACUAUGAUGACAAAUACGAAAUUCAGGAGAGAGAACGGAGAAUAAAACGAAAAGUGAAAGAACUCCAGAAGAAUGGGGAUUUUCCAAGGCAGUUCAAGAGACCUCACAUGGACGCAGCAGAUAAGAGGCCCCACCAUAACAGGAGGAAGAGCCAUGCCUCCUGUAGAAACAACAGGUGGCCUCAAGAAAAGAAGGAAACCCAAAAAGAAUCAAGCAGGAGCCAUAAAGAGCGUGAGAAGCACAGGAAGGCUGACAGGUGUCAUGAAGCAGACGAGGACUUCCCCAGGGGCCCCAAACUCCGCUCUUCUCCUGGCCUUUUCAAAACCCAGAAGGCUCCCAAGUCCUUCCACCACUCAUCACAUUCCCACAAGCCAAGAGAAGACAAGCUGCCCAGAGAGGGCAAGCGGAGCAAGCAUAAGAAAAAGGAGAGCUACUUGGAGGCCGAUGGCAGUGAUAAUUUAUUUCUUAUUAAGCAGAGGAAAAAAAAGUCUAAGCUGUGAGACAGCUUCCGAUCAGCUUUCUAGUGUUUGCCUGGUCUUCAUGCCUAGAACAUCCUGGCAAGAUCUUUAUUAUCUGUGAUUAAAUAAAGUGAAUUUUUUGGUUUCGUCUGUCACCUCAGCCAUACCUGGAGCUGCUGAACAGAGACCAUGGAGAUCUCCAUUCUCUGUGUCUAACAGGUUAUUAGAUGUGGGGGAGGGAAACAAAAAAACCAAACAGAUAUACUCAAACAUCCCCUGUUCCCGUACAUCAUUUUUACUCAGAUCCUAGGGAUAAGAAGAAGCAAUCUUUUCAAGAAAAAAAUUUCUAAGUGCUCUGAAAACAUAAAAGCUCAUCAAAUAUAAUUCAUCUGCAGUGGGAGUAUGAAAAUUAAAUCCUUGCAGGAAGAGAAAUUAAUGCCAAUAGGAAAAAUUCAUCAGUCUUUUCCAGCGUUAUUUUUUUCUAACGUCGGAAAAGGUAAUAGCUAUAAAUCUCAGUCCAGCUGUUCUAGGUGUUGAGGCUGGUGUCAGAUCUUCCGACGGUCAGAACGUGAGGCUGAAAGAUGAAGGUGUCAUCACUGAAGCCCCGAAGAGGCAGAGAACUAGUCUAUUGCAAAAUACAAGUAAGGAACCCAUCCAGUGCAGAUGGCGUGAAGUAGAUUUCCUGGGACAAGUGAAAAAGAGUCAUAAGAAAUUGUAAUGUCAUCACAAUGCAAUAGUUCUUGCCAUUUUUACAGCCACACUUGAAGGAGACUGUCACUCAGAUGUAUAGAGAUGGAUACCACCCAACUUAAAACAUUGUUUUGUUUUCACGGGUUUUUUGACUACCACAAGGCUAUACAGAAAUUUUUGUACCUGUGAAUUUUUUGUACUUAACAAAGCUUAAUGUUAGAAUCAGAAAAAUAAAAUGUCUGAAAUACAGUAAAUAAGCUUGUCAAUUAUGUAAAAAGGAAAUGAGAGUUUGGGUGACAAAGCACAUGGUUGGGUUGGACAAGUGACUGAAGUUGUAAAAUCUCCAUGAACUGGGCUCACGAGGCCCUUGUUGGCCAAGCACUAGCUCUAUGCCAGAAGAGAAUGAGAUGGAGUCAGUUAACUAGGGCCGUUUUAUAAUGUUAGCUUCACAUUUUACUCUUUGUGAAGUACAUGAACUGCUGUGUAUCUGGUAAGAUCAGCCCUCUGACAUUCUGUGGGGAGAGGGAGAGUCUCUCCCCCUAAAACAGCUUCAGCGUCAAGUGUGGCUCCAUAGUCUUUAGUCCAGCGCCCUCCCUGUGGCUGCCCUGCUCUCAACUAAAUGUUAAGUGUUCUUUGUGUAUUGUUUCGUGGCUUCCUGACAUCGGCUGGUCUUGUUCUGACUCUAAGGUAAGUGGCCAGAGCCUUUUAAAGCCCUGCUAAAAGUGACAGCCGUGAAAGAUGGCUUCACAGAGUGAUAAGUCCUGAAAUAAUUGGUAUUAUUUCUCAUUAAGACCUGGUACAAGCAUGGCCUAUUAUUGGUGGGUGUGACUAGCUUUGCUUCCGAUGCAAGGGUAUCUCCUUUCAGGGCAGAGGGGAUUCCUUAGGGUCUUUCACACAUGGCAGAUUGUUUGGAGAAAGGAAGAAAAAAGGCUCUUUUUUUUUAAUUCACUUCUGCACAUUAUCCUAUCCCCCCCAUUUUUUUUUUCAUUAGACAAGCAUUUUGUUCUAGGAUAUAAUUCUCCCUUCAGGUCCACACAUUUAUAUGCAGAUAGGAGAGCAGCCGAGCUACUUCACUUGUGGGCAUUAGGGUGGUUAGGAAAGAGCAGAAACAUGGAGCUUCCGCUCUGUAUCCUUGUCGUUACUUUGGCACCUCUUUCACCAAGUGUUCAGUUAAAGUCAGUCCGUCAGGGACUCGCCCACUAAUUUUCCAUACAAAAAUGGGGAGUUUAAAAUAUAUUAGAGAUUCCUCAAUUAAACAAAUAAUACUUUAAAUGGAUAAAUACAAUUGAGAAGAAAAGCAGAUGUCGCAAACAAUAAUCUGUUUAGUUGCUAAGUCUGAGGAGGGCUAAAUAAACAUCCUUUGCCUCGGCUCCACUUUGAUUACAGGCAGCCUCAGUGGCUCCUUCCCCGGGCAAUAGCUUGCUUCAUGUUUGGCAUUCUUAGACGAGAGUGGAGAGAAACUAUCUCGCGAUCUCUCAGUGGAAAGUCUUGCUUUCAUGGACCAUGCUAUUUGCAGUACCUAUUACUCGAUCUUUAUUUUUGUUAUACAAGGAGUACAUGUUCAUUUUAAGGGAAGAAAAUUAAAAGAAAAAAAUCAUACCUUAUUCUUACACCUAAAGAUACGGUUAAAAUUCUUAGUGUCUAUCCUUCCUGACUUUUUUUUCUAUACGUAUAUACAUUGUUUUGUAACCUGUUUUUUUACUUAAUGCAUUGUAAAAAUCUUUUUUUUCUAAUCAAA